UUAUCACAAUAUCUGCCUCGGGAAUGUCGGAUGAGCUGACGCGUCUCAAGAGCAUUUGCCUACAUUGAAGGGGUAUUUUGACGUGAAAGCUUGGCUCUGACGGCUGCGGUAUUUCGAAUAUUGCUGCGCAAGGAUGACGUUCAUACUCGUACAGGGGGUCACCAGAAAGUGUCCGAAUUCGCUACCCACGGGCCAAAGACACCAAAAUCUGAGGGGCUCAGAAACCAAUUAAUGGGACUAUUUUACAGCUUUAUUACCACAAUGCAGUCUUGAUGGGCUUUCCACCGUUUUUAGUAAGGCGUAGGCAUCUUCCAGGCAUAUCUGAAAUACGCUUUCGCGCCUCCUCCAUUGCUAUCUUGCUCCAUUCCUCCUGUAAGGCCUCCUUUACCUCCUCGUCAGAAUCUUCUAUUCAUAACAUCUAUUCCUUCCCCUGCUCAAUUUCAGUGAUUACCGGUGUCCCCCAUUCCCACCCACGUCGUCCCGCCAAUCCCAUAUAUUCAUUUAUUUUAUUUGCACUUCAGUAAGCAUAAAACAACACCUCUUCAUUCUCCUCUUGUCGAAUCUUCUUGUUCGUCCUCACCAAAACAAACCGCAUCACCCACGCUGCGGCCGC